AUGAUGAUUCGUCAACCUUCAAAUACUUCUUUUCGAGCCAAUUCUACAUCAGAACUCCGCAGUUUUGAGCCCUUUGAGCCUGUAACUGAAAAAGUUCUCGUUCAAAUAAAAGGUCCAGGCCUGGAAGAAAAAUCCUGCUUUUUAGACAUCCAUAUCGCCAUGACUCAGGUGCAAAAUUCCCAUCACCAAGUGCUGAAUAUCGAAAUCACAGACGAGGCUGACCCUUUUUUUCUCUACGCAACAGAAAUUGGUGAGCAGGAAUUCCAUACGAUAAAACAUGAGCAGCAGCUGCUUAUUGACUUUUUGAUGUUUCCGCACAACGUACUUGAUUUAAUAAGAAGAGUGUCAAGGACCUUUGACGAGAACCCAAAAUUCAGCUGCUCAAUUACACGUGUAAAUUCGCAUGAAGCGACCUUUUCGAUUUCUGAAAUCAACUACAUGAGAAGUUUAAGCCACAUUACACUGAGAUUUCGAGGAGCGAAUGACGAGCUUAUUAAGGCUCAUUUGGCCUCAAGGGUGAAAGAGUAUAAGGCUUGCAGUGAAGAGCUGCAGGCCAAGCUGAAUUCUACUGAAGAGAUGCUAGAACUUAAAUCUGCGCAGUUUAAUGACAUUUCUCGACAAUUUCAGACGAUAAAAAUAGAAAAUGAAAGAAAAUUAGAAGAGAGGAGGCUGGAAGACCAAGAAAAACUGACGACGGUGAGGCAACAGAUGCUUGAUACUCAAUUGAGCAUGCAGAACCAGUUCGACUAUGAAAGGCGAGUGCUUGAAGAAAAGUAUCAGAAGACGAUACAGGAAUUAAAUGAAAAACUGGAGGCACAUCAAAACAGACUUAAUGAAGUUUUAGGAAAUAAAACGUCUCUGGAAGGAACAGAAAGGGAGCUCUCUGCGAGGGUAAAUAAGCUAGAUCAUGAGCUGGAGCUUGCUAGUAAUGAGCUGGCUCUGCUUCGGACAAAUAAUAAAAGCUUAGAAACGACAAAGUUUGACCAGGAAAAAGCGAUAACUGAAUAUAGAAUUAAGCUGGAAAACUUGCAAAGGCAGCUGCAAGAUAAAGAAGAACUGAACCAAAAACUGCAAAGUUUUAUAGAGACUAAUAAUGAAUUUAAGUCCCAGCAAGAUGACACUAUUGGGCUAUUAAAAGCUUCAGUCGCCAAAAUGGAAGACAAGCUAGCCCAAAGUGCAUCUGAAAUAAACAAAGGAAACUCCAUCAUCCAAAAGCUUCAGAGCGAAAUCAAAUCAGGCAAGCAAAAGCUGAAACUGAAAAAUACCGUUGUAAUGCAGCAGGAAAAUGUCAUUCAGCAGAAGCAAGACCAAAUAGACAUGCAGGAAAAAGAAAUUUUUCAGUUAAGAAGAGAUAUAGGGAACAAAGAAGACGAGUUAAAGCGAGUUCAAGACGAGAAUUUGCAGUUAAAGAAGAAGGUGGAAGAGUCUAAGCAGAACUUAGGAACAAUGCAAGAGACAUUGAAUUGGCUAAAUGGAAAAGUCAAUGAUUUUGAGAGGUCUAAGCUUCCCUACACGUCAACCUAUAAGGUUUCUUCAACGCCUGGAGUGUUCAAGCCGUCUGGGUAUGAUCCAAAUUUAGGGACAACUUCUCCAUUUAAACCUAUUCAUUAAUAUAAUCAAUAGAUAUUUUAUUAGAUAUAAAUACUUAUAUAAGGAAAAUAGCAUACCUACCAAAUGGAAACGAAUCCAGUGACGACUUCUCCAUACAAGCCGUCUUAUCAAAUUGACUCUUCGACCCCUUCUGCCUUUAAACCAACAGGCUAUCAGCUUGAAUCUAACACUCCUUCUUCUUUUAAGCCUUCAAGCUACGCUGUUGAGUCAUUCCGUACCACAACUCCAAGAGUCCCACUGGGCUCCAAUACAGUGAUAUCAAGCAAUAUUCUCCCUGACUCUGAUGUUUUGCCUAGCUUUAAAGAGCCUAUCAAAUAUAAAGAACCUCGCUAA